GAGUGACAUCGCUUACACAUUUGUUUACACUUCCAAAUAAACUCCUUCUGCUUAUUUCCAAGAAUGUUAUUAGUAAACACGACUAAUACUUAUUUAUCAUAUCAUUAGUCACCGGUCUAAUACAGUCCAGUGUUCUGAGUCCGCUACUGAUGUGUUGUGUGUGUAAUAUUCGAGUUCUCUUAAAAGGUUAUCUCUGCGUGCCAAGAAAGGAAUAAUAAUGUUUUAUCACUUCCACAAAUGACUUAAUUCAAUUCCUAAUACAAUGUCUAAAUAGUAUAUAAUAGUCAAGAGUUUUCUUUCAGUUCUAAUCCGGCCGCUGCGCCGUUGCUUGUGGAGUGCGAUAUUUUACAAAAAAAAAUAUUUUUCUCACUUUAUUGCAUACUCCUGAAUUCGGAAUUGAAAAUUGCACUAUCACUUCUAUUUUAAUUGGAUUUUUGAACCAGUGUAGAUUAUAAUCUGUGAUUGGAAUAUUGGAAUUUUAUUUUGAAUCGUGUUCUUUCAUUUCGUACCUCAUUUUUUCUAUAUGCUUAAAGGAUAGAUAGCCAAAAUGGUCCAAUUAACUUUAUGGAAUUUGUUUAGGUUAGGUGCAAUGGACAGCUUGCAUGUAAGCUUACAACAUACAGGAAGUAAAACUUCUAGCAGAAGCGCCUCACCUUGUAGACCAAGAGACCAGGUUUUACAACAACAACAACAACAACAGCAGCAACAACAACAGCAACAUCAGCCUUAUCAUCCGCACCAUACCAAAACGCUCAGCCACGGGUCAGCCGAUAGUUCAAGGAGCCAAGAUGGAGGCGGAGGAGGUGUCAUACCGCCACAGCGGCCAUCUCGUCAGCAUCGCUCACCCACUAGCAGUCUAAAUCGUACAGCUCCAAGUUCUACAGUACCCCCAAGUGAGCUAGAUGACUCAAUAAAUCAAGUAUACCUCUUAGACGAGAGUGGAGCCGGCGCGGCGUUUCUUCAGGAAUACGAUCCUGUUGAUUAUCCUUCAUCCUUCAUGUCCAACGGCAGCAAUGAGUUAAAACAGGAAGACGACACUGAUGGCCUGGAUCCGAAGACGAACGCUAUUGUGGAACACCUAGGGACGAAAAUUAUUCGAGUCAAAGAUCUCAUUAGAACGGAACAGAAAUUAAGAGAUGAUAACGUGAAUGAAUACCUUAAAUUGGCAGCUAACGCUGAUAAGCAACAGGUGCAAAGGAUAAAGGCCGUGUUUGAAAAGAAAAAUCAGAAAAGUGCACAAGUUAUAUCUCAGUUACAAAAAAAAUUAGAUAUUUAUCAAAAACGUGUACAUGAACUAGAAACCUAUGGAGCAGCUCAAAGUCACAGACCACCCAGGGAAGUUCUUAGGGACAUGGGACAAGGACUAAAAAAUGUUGGAGGUAAUAUAAGAGAUGGUAUCAGUUAUGUAGGUGGUUCAGUGAUGUCAAAACCUAGAGAAUUUGCUCAUUUAAUAAAGAAUAAAUUUGGUAGUGCUGAUAAUAUUAGCCAACUCUCAACGUGGUACGUAGGGCCCGGCCAAGAAGGAAGUGGAGCCGCGACCGGCAAGGGUGGAGAUAUGACCGUCUCUCGUCAACCGGCAGGCAGCGAAGGUAGCGGCGUGCCCACAAACGGGGGCAGUGAUCACGGAGACAAAAGCCACCACCAUCAUCACGGAUCUGCGACGUUACCUGCUACUUUGCACGGGACCGUCUCGCAGUCUUCUAUCGGUCCGCAUGGUAAAGUAGUCACCGGUGCGACUCCACACGGCCAUCAGCAUCAUUCGGCAGGCAAAUUUGUGAGUGAUGAAGGCAGCGAAUGCAGUAGCGUUACAAGUGAUAGUAUAGGAAGAUACGCUAGAGAAGGACAUGACAAAUACACAGAUGUAAAUAAGAAAAUUAGAUUGGUACAGGAUCAAUUAGACAAUUUUAGGGAAAACUUUGAUAUUAUUAAAUCCUUACAACAAGAGAUACACGACCUCAACUCCGCUUUACAGGAGGAAAGGUUUAGAAGUGAAAGACUGGAAGAGCAAAUCAAUGACUUGACGGAACUUCAUCAAAAUGAAGUGGAGAAUCUGAAACAAGCAAUGGCCGAUAUGGAGGAAAAAGUGCAAUACCAAAGUGAGGAAAGGCUGAGGGAUAUCCACGAGAUGCUGGAGCACUGUCAGACCAAAAUUCAAAAAAUGGAACAUCAAGCUCUCCAGCAACAACAGUACGUUAGUCUUGAAGGUCUCGAUAACUCGAAUGCCAGAGCGCUAGUUGUUAAACUAAUCAACGUGUUGCUCACUGUACUUCAAGUAAUUUUGUUAUUAGUUGCUACAGGCGCCGGUAUUAUUAUGCCUUUUCUUCGUACAAGGUUGAGGAUCCUUUCUACAGUUAUACUAGUUGUAGGAGUGGCUUUCAUACUGCGCCAGUGGCCAGAAGUAAGAGACAUCGGAUCACAUAUGAUGCGCCGUCUCAAAGACACUCUCGAUCCGGCCCCUUAAACAGUUUUCUCUUUGAGCGCCGCAUCUCUUGUAGGAAAUAAAUCAGAAUUUAAAUUAAAUUUUGUUAAAAGAAGCAGAACGAUGAAGCGACUGGUUCACUCAAGUUUCUUCAAAUGGAACGUUUAUUAAAAUGAGCAUCACUUAAAAAAAUUCGGUCAGAUGCAAAUGUAUUUUAACUUUGCUACUGGUUGUUGGGGUGGGUAAUAGGUUAUUUAUAAAGCGUAAAACAUUGCUGCAGGAUUAAAAAAAUGUCUAGAAGUAAUGAUAAAAAAUUAUUGAAUAUUCCAAAAGUAGAAAUGCCGCAAAAAUCAGGAUUUUGUUAUUUCAGAAUUAAGACAAAUUUUAUAUAGAGAAUUAAUAUUCCUAAUUUCACAACAAAUUUUUAUUUUAUCAACCGAGUUCAAAAAAGGAGUAGGUUCUCAAUUCGUGGGUAUAUUUUUUUUAUGUAUGUUGAGCAAUAAUUCUUUACCACGUUGUGUGGUUUCUAUAAGGGGGUACCUCUGCGGAUGUUCCUUAUAAAUUUGGUCAAGAUCUGAUGAUGGAAUCUAUGAAAAAAUAAACUUCGUUUUUGGAGUCGGUUUUUUUUAAAUUACUUUUAUACUGGUUGUGUUUGCUUUCAGUUUAUAUUUUUUUAUUUUACUUGUAGUCUGUCAUAUGUUAGACAAUAAACAAAUUUGUUAACAGUUAAUAAUGUUAACUAAAUGAGGGGUGUUGUUAACCAUCACUAGCAACCCCUUGAAUGAAUUGAAUGAUAGAUAUUAGAGUGUAAAAUGCUUACCACUUGAAUUUGAACUUUUAUAGUGUUUUAUCGUUUUUUUUUUUUUCGUAUUUUGUCAGUUUUAUAUAUAUUUUUUUUGUGACAGUUCUACUCUUUUAUAAAAAGUACCUUGCAUACAUUUAUCGUGUUAUAAUUUUUCAAUUGUUUCUUGUUAUCUUAAAUUUUAAUUUUCCGGAUAUAUUAUUUGUUAUGUCAGCUGAUUUGUAUUUAAAAAAAAACGUAUUGCUAUUACUAAACGGGCGAACUAUUAGUUUGACCAAAGGUUUCAAUUAUAUAGAAAUAUUAAGUACAAAAAAAAUAUUUCCGUAAACAAAAUUUGUUUACAAUGUAUCAAAUAAGCAUUUUUUUUUUUCAAUGAAUCCUAGAGAUUUGUCACGUGACGAGUAAAAUAUUUUUUAAGAUUAUUUAAGGCGGCAAUUUUUAACGAAAUAUAAAAAUUAAAUUAAAAGUGUUUUGAUAGUCAUUUCGUUAGAUUAUGUAUAAUUGUGAUUUUUUAGUUUUUUUUUGUCAUCUUUGGCGAAACAAGACAGAAGAGAUUUUUCAUCUGCCAAAAUAUUUCAAAAAUCGUUUACUUUUAUACCAAUAUAUUUUAUUAGAUCAAUUAAAUUGAUAUUUAUUACU